GCAGACAGCUGACCGCAACUCACCACCCAUACACAAAAAAUAGUUUCGUUCUUUGGUUUGUUUUGGCCAAAAGAAAAUGGCAAGUGCAACCAGUUCCAGUGCCACAAGUAGCAGCAGUACGACUGGAAACUCCGAGGAGCAGCGACGGAUUUGGGUUGGAAAUCUAGAUUCUCGCAUCACCGAGUUUCAACUACUCAAACUGAUGCAAAAAUGCGGCCCCAUCGAGAAGUUCGACAUGCUCUUCCACAAAGGAGGCCCCAUGGUCGGCCAAUCCCGUGGCUAUGCUUUCGUCACCUUUGCUCAGAACGAAGGAGCCACCAAUGCGCUGAUGAAACUUGACGGCAGCAGCGUUGGAAAUCGUUCCAUCGCCGUGCGUCUAGCCAAGAAUAUCAAAUAUGACGACCUGCAGAAACCAAAGCCCCGCAUUGAGAUCCCAGCUCUGGGCACCGGCAAGAGGGAGGAAAAGAUUAGCAAAUCGGAGGCCAUACGCGCCAUAGAGGCAAAGCUGAAGGUGCUGGAGCGUCAGACCGACGACAAUUUGGAGCUAAACACACAUGGCCGAGGCGAGACGAACGUGCCCUUCAUCCAGCGCUAUCAGUUCAACAAGGACCGUGACACAUCCCAGCGCUAUGGCAAAUCCUCGGCACCAUACCACCGACAGCAGCGCCCCAAGAGACGCUGAAACCACGAGACCCAGUUCGUACAAAGCCAUGGUACUUUGGGUGCUACCUCAACGGACGAGCCUUGCCGGCGUUUAGUUUAGUUUUAUAAUUAAUUUAUUUAAAAAAAACGUAGGAGAGGAAAAAUCAACCGGGAGCAUCUACUUGGGGGCAAACUUGAAUUUCCCACGCAUCUGUUCGGGAAGCGGAACUGUGCCCGGACACCGCACCUGUCCGGGAAUCUCACAAAUGCAGUGCCUGCCGCAGCCGUAGCCAAAGUUUGCCGGAUUGUCCUUGCUCUCCUUUAGGCGCGCCUCCGCGUCCAGUUGCUCUCUGUGUGAAUGGGCAAGAAAAAGGCAGCAUUUUAGUGUAUUGCUUGCGAGGGAACAAAUCACUUAAGUAAAUGUACUGAUUUUUUAAAUUUAUAUAACUUAUUUUUCGUUUUCUACCAUUAUAUUUCCUGCCUCAACCGAGCUAAACUUAAUUUUUCACAAAAAUUCGCAAAGAACUCUGUCAAUUAGGAUAAGUUGUAACUGAUUUUAAACCAAACUUGAAGAAAUAUUAAUAAAUAUAAGCAACAUA